UUUUUCUUUCUAAAUAAAUAAUGAAAGCGGUGGAGCUGCAGCUGAUUUGCUGAUGUCAGGGAGCCAGUGCAGCAUUUCAUGGUGCAGGGUGGAAACACGCUGUCGCUGUUGUCUGCUUCCAUCCCUCUCUCUCUCUCUUUCUCUCUUUCAUCCAAACACAACAAACCGGGGGAAAAAAAAAAAACUACAGCCACACAUGCAAGCCCGGCAAGAACCAUGCUGCCAGCUCUCAGGAUUUGGGCUUUGCUGUGUGUGGUUUUGGGCUUCCUGUGUCCACCGGCUCAUCUGAAAAAGCCAUUCCGAUGCCCUUCAACAUGCAGCUGCUCCAAGGAGUCCAUCAUCUGYGUCGGGUCCUCCUACAUCCCCAGGAUGGCCCCAAACGAGAUCAGCUCAUUGAGCAUCGUCAAUGGGACUUUCACUGAGGUCAAGGAGGCAAUGUUUGCCCACAUGCCCACCCUACAGCUGCUACUUUUGAACUCAAAUUCUCUGACAACGAUACGAGAUGAUGCGUUCUCAGGCCUGCCACACCUGGAGUACCUGUUCAUUGAGAGUAAUAAACUUGAGACUACAUCAAAAUUUGCCUUCAGAGGACUCAGGGACUUGACUCACUUGUCUUUGGCAAACAACAACAUUCAGUUCCUGCCCAGGGACGUCUUUGUUGAUCUGGAUUCUUUGAUCGAGCUGGACCUGCGGGGCAACGCCUUUGAGUGCGACUGCAGGGCCAAAUGGCUCAUGACGUGGUUGAAGAGCACCAACGCCACGGUGUCGGAUGUCGUGUGUGCUGGACCGGAGGACCUGAAGGACAAGCGCCUCAAUGACAUGAACAGCUUGCACAACGAGUGCAUCUCAACGGAUUUUGUCCUUCAUCAGUCGGUGGCGUCGGAGUCCCUGUCUGUUGACACGUUCAGUUUUAAGAAUGAUGUUUAUGUGACCAUUGCUGCUCCCAGCACAGACAGCUGUAUGGUCUUCCAAUGGGACCAUAUAGAAAUGAACUUCAGGACGUACGAUAACAUCACAGCUCAGUCCAUCGUGGCUUGCAAGUCAGUUGUAAUCCAAGAUGAGGURUUUGUCAUCGUGGCUCAGCUCUUCGGUGGUUCCCACAUUUACAAGUUCGACGACGACCAGAGCAGGUUCAACAAGUUCCAGGACAUCGAAGUGUCGAAGAUCUCCAAGCCCAACGACAUCGAGGCUUUCCAAAUUGGUUCCGACUGGUUCUUUGUGAUUGCUGACAGCUCAAAAGCUGGCCUGUCGACCCUCUACAAGUGGAACGAAAACGGCUUUUAUUCGUACCAGUCSUUGCACGAGUGGUACCGUGACACGGACGCGGAGUUCUUGAACUUGGACGGCAAGGCUCAUCUCAUUUUGGCGAGCCGCUCGCAGGUUCCUGUGAUUUACCAGUGGAGCCGGAGCAACCAGAAGUUCAUCCUACAGGGGGAGAUCCCCAACAUGGAGGAUGUCGUAGCUGUGAAGCACUUCCGAAUCAAGGAGGAGCUCUACCUUGCUAUGACUCGCUAUAUCGGUGACUCCAAGGUCUUAAAAUGGGGUGCCAAACUGUUUUCAGAGAUACAGGCUUUGCCUUCACGAGGCUCUAUGAUUCUCCAGCCUUUCUUUUUUAAAGACCGGUACUACCUGGCUCUGGGAAGUGACUACACCUUUUCGCAAAUCUACCUAUGGGACGAUGACAAGAAAGUCUUUGAACGCUUCAAGGAAGCGUACAUCCAGGCGCCACGCUCCUUCACCGUGGUUUCYACCGACCGCAGGGACUUUAUCUUUUCCUCCAGCUUCAAAGGAAACACACAAAUCUUUGAACACAUCAUAAUUGACCUGAGCUUGUGAGGGAUUCUGCUUUGCUGUUCUUCCUGCAAUCAAAUGUCUUCCACUUAAAAUAUACAUUUAUGAAAGGUUAAAAAAGAGGAAUGAGACUUUAUGAACUCUUAAAUGUUCAUACGUGGAUGCAGUUGUGGUAAUAAUUUUAUUUACACUCGUCAUGGACAUGGAUGUAUCAAUUUUGGGUAUUUAAGGGCUUAUUUGAUCAUUCUAUUUCUGGAAAGUUUAUACAACAUACAACUUCAAUGGUUUUUAAAAACAAGUAUUAGAGGCACAAGUUUGAAUUUACUGUGAAUAUUCUUCAUACCUCAUAGCAUCAAAUUAUGCAUAUACCCCCACUAAUAUGUGGUUAAAAUCCCUUAGCAGGUUGUACCCUGACCACACACUUUAUGUAGCCAGUAACAACAUUCAGACAUUAAUCUGUCUGGAUAAUGGACCUAUCUUCUUGGCUGAAUUGGUAAAGAUUCAAGUUUGCGGUAGGGUUGAGGUUGGGGUUUUGGGAAGAUCAAGUUUAAUAUCGGUCUCCUUUAACCAGUCAGAAACCAAUUUUUUUAUAUCUGUUUGAAGUUAUUGUUGGAAUGCCUAUUUGUGUCCAAGGUUCAACAAUCUAACUGAUUAUUUGAGGUGAAGUAGAGGUAUCUUUCCAUUAUUUCAUCUACGGUGUGCACCAUACCACAUCAUGAUGCYWCCACCUMUGUGCUGGAUWCUUGGUACAGGAUAUCUGCAAAUUUCAGUUGAGCUUGAAGGUGUGGCUUUUAGAGCAGGAGCUUCUUUCUUGGUCGGAACCAGCUCAAUCCAAAACUGGCACCUCUGUGGACAGGGAGACUGGUGUUCCAGCAGUUUUCAGUUCUUGGCAGGCUUUAGCCUCGAAGGUUCCUGAACAUCCUGACCAAUUUAAUGUCAUCUAAGGGGAACUGUCAGGGUUUUCUUCCAGGUCUCGACAAAGUGGUAAUGGCUCAAUUAGCGUGAAUCUACAAAUGCCAUUAGAUUGCUUUUUGGACUUUCCUGUUGUUUUGAGCACAGGUCAAUCUAAGAACUGUCAAAGAUAAACUACCAGCUGCAGUAAACCAUACCCUCCAACAGGACAUAAUCAGGUCAUAUCCUUGUCGUGUUAAAAGACAACAAACAACUUUUAGCACUACCUCAUCAAAAGAUUUUGCUGAAUAUGUGCCUCUGUUUGAGCCAGCAUGUAUAGUUUAAAAGUCAGAGAAAAUCUACAAUAGAUUGAAACUUGUGCACCCAGUUCUUGUUUUUAAGUCAUUAUGGUUGUUGUUGUAUGAUCAUUCCAUAUAAAUCAAUAAAAGCCACAAAUCAAUGACAUUCAUGUCCAUCAGGAGUGGAUGUAAACUUCUGAAUGAAAUUGUCGUUAGGACACAAAUAAGAGCUUGGUCAAAUAAUGUCUUGGCUAUUCUACGUCACCCUUAAAUUUGUUCUCAUGGGUAAACCCAUCUGAUAUUUCUGAGGAUGUGGAUACAAAGCCUUGCUGUUUUUCUAUCUAAAAGCUUGUAGUUUAAUGAACACCCCCAAAUAAUUCAGAAAAAAAGUUAAUUUUGCCCUCAUUUUUGGACAACAAAGGUUUUUCCCUCACCAUAUUUUAUGGAUUGUGAUGUACAGUCCUGUMAGAGCAGAGCUUCAGAGCUCUGAUUGGCUCACAGUGCCUCCUGCUGGCCGUGAGGAGGUGUCACACUCCUUGUUUUUUUUUUUGUUUUUUUUCCUUACAGGGAAUGUCUCUUGAAAGCACAAACCUUUAAGUAUCCUAGCUGAGAUCCUAUAAUGUAGUUGUUUAGUGGAAAAUGUUCCUGUAGGUGCUAUAGACUGUAAUGAAUACAGUAGAUUUAUUUAAAAAAGUAAAUAACUUGUUGCUUAGGGAAGUGAAAUAAUCAGGACAAAAUGUAGUGUUUUGACAUGACUUUUAGGUCUGAGGUGGUAAUGUAGUUGAUCAGGUAAAUUAAAUAUACUUUCAUGUUUUGGGAAUUGACAAUAAUUUUCCGGGGACUGAAUACGCUCCUCACCGAAGAUAUUAGGGACUCCUCAACAAACUCAUGUAAAUAUAUAUCCUCUGAAAAAAAGAGGGUGUUGGUCAUUCUGCCCUUUGAAAAUAAGCUGAAUGCUGACCUCUUUCAAAAUGUACAUAAAAUCAGGAUUGCAAUGCCACUACCUGUUUCAGCUCUUUGCACUUACUUACAAAAUUAUUGUUACUGCAGCUUGAGAGAGCAUGAAAUAGAAAAAAAUAAAUAUUUUAAAAAAGAAUUAUUGCCAACUUUUUAAAACUGAAA